AUGUUAAAGUCAUUUAAGAUAUUUAAAUCGAGAAAGGAUAAUAUAUGUGCAAAACCGGGUUGUAAUAAGCAAGUCAAAAGGGAAAGGAAUGGGACUGUACUAAAUUAUUGUAGUACAAGCUGUCAAAUAAACAAUUAUGCUCCCGGUUCAGAAUAUUAUGAAGAAUCAGAAUCUUGGGAACCACCAAAUUAUACUCCUGAAACAACUACUUCAAAUCAAUGGGGAGUUUGGACUCCUGAAAAUAAUAACAAACCUCCUCCAUAUUCUCUCGAAGAUGAUGAUGAUAUUUUUGGCACGAAUAUUAGAACUCAAGUUGCACCUCUUUGGGAACCUGAUGAUGCCCCACCUUCACCUUUGUCGGUUUCUCGUUCUCGUUCUAAUCCAACUGAUGAUUUUCCAAUUUGGUUGGGAGCUUCUGUUGAUCCACUUUGGGUUCCUUCUUCAAGUGGUAACGAUCAUUCAAGACUUUCGUCAUCUAAUCUUCCUUCUCGAUCAUCCACUCCUUCAGAUGAAGAAGAAGAAAUUCAUUGUCCCGCGUGUACCUUUUUUAUCCGCCCAAACAAGACCGUUUGUGAAAUGUGUGGUACAAACAUAACUAGGCAAGAACCAAAGAAAAGUCACAACAAACCGAAAUCUACUAUUACAAGUUUUCGUGAUUUAUACGAAGAGGAUGAGGAUGAAGAACUCGUGAAUCCAUUUGCGGAUCCUAUACCUCCAUCACCAAGACGAAAUAAUAAUUCUUUCUCCUCAAAUAGGAAUGAUAGAUCAAAUGAUUAUGACAGAUUGAAUAAUUAUGACAGAUCAAAUGAUUAUGACAGAUCGAAUAAUUAUGACAGAUCGAAUAAUUAUGACAGAUCGAAUGAUUAUGACAGAUCGAAUAAUUAUGACAGAUCGAAUAAUUAUGAAAGUUCAAGUUAUAAUGAUAAUUCGGAUUAUGACACCUUUAAUCAAAAUCCGACACCUCCAAAUGACCAACUUUGGAUUGAUGAAUUUGAGCCCAUUUCAAUUCGUAGAUCAAGACCACCUAAACAAAAUAAUUACAGAAAUACGAGGGAAAUUUCAAAACGUAGUGUGCAGGUUCCGAAAAAACCACCUACACCUCCUCCAAAUGAAAACGAGAUUACAUGUUCAGCGUGUAAUUUUAGUAAUCAUCCUUCCAUGACCCAUUGCGAAAUUUGUUUCUCACAAUUAAUCAAGACACCACCGCCGGAACAAAAAAAUAGAACAGCGGGAGGGAGAUUUAAUCAACUAGAUACUCGGGCAAAAAAAGCAUGCUCGGCCUGUUCUUAUUAUAAUAAUGCUGAUAGUGCCCAAUGUGAAAUGUGUUAUACUCCUAUCGCUGGAGUUGCUCGUAAAACAACUUUCAACCUACCCUCGUUAUUUAAACAUGAUGUUAAUAUGACGCAAUGUCCAACUUGUACUUUCAUGAAUCAUCCUUCGAUACCACUUUGUGAAAUGUGCCGAAAUGAGUUACCGGGAUCAAAUGCUGCAGUACAACAAUUGCAGUAUCAACAAUAUCUUGAUAAGUUACCUGGACUCGUAACUAAAAUAUCUAAAUUGCCAUUGGACGACCAUGAUUACAUGACUACACAGCAAGUACAAUUCUUCAAAGUUGGACUUCCAAACGCGCGUAUUUUAGCGAUUUUUAGAAUGAUUAUGCCAGCAAGAUUAAUUCAAGCACAUGAAGCAUACAAGAAGAAAAUUUCUGGUAAUAAUGCAGCGACAAACGUUACUCAUAGAAUGUUCCAUGGAACUCAAGUUGCUUGUGAUGCGUCUCGAUUUUAUGGAACUGCUAAAUGGAACUUUUGUGCUGCGGCUAAUUGUGGAUUAUGCGGUAUUGCUCAAAAUGGAAAUAGUUGCGGUAAAUCUAAACACGGUGGAAGAAUGUGGUUUGCGAACACUUCACAAACUUCUUUGGGAUAUUGUCAACAAAAUCCAAUCAAAGCCAUGUUUGUUCUUGAUAUCAUAUCAGUUACUAGUGCAGUUGCUGGUGGGGGAAUUAUUAUUGUCGAUAAAGAAGCGGAUCUUGAGACUGGAAUAAGGACUUUUUUUAUAAUGCGAUCUGCAUAUUUACUUCCAAUACCAUCAAUUCCAGAAAGCCAAAAACGUGGUGCAGAAUUCGGCAAUUGCAAAGAGUUAAUAUCACAAUUUCCAGUAGAGAUUAAUAGAAAGAUAUCUGCUGGCCCUGCUGCUUUAUUAUAUUCUUGA